AUAUUGCUGAUUAUUGACACAACAUCCGACAAGAUGUUGAAAUCUACCACUCUCGUGUUUUUUUUUACUUUCACGCUGACACUGAUAAGCAACAUGUUUCUGAUGCGUUGCAUCCUGCCUAAGGGAUACAACAUCAACAGAAAGGGGGAUUCUUUGAAAACCAUGGCACAAUAUUAUCUUUAAUCAUACAUAACUUUAGUGAGGAGUUUUUCCUGACUAUUUGUCUGGCACGUGGUCCGUUCACUUAGCUAGAUUCAAACAAUGUGAUCAAUAAUCCCGGUUUCGCAUGUAGAGUUGGCUCCGCUGGCAUCUCUAGUCGCUUCUCCGAUUGGUAAAACAUGACCAACGAUCCGGAUAACCCAACUCGUUCUAACACACCGCGUUCACCUGUGCACGUGUACCUGUACACGACAGAUCACGGCUGGAGAGCAAUUGAUCCUGACAUACCCCUGUCACAACAGCCAAUUGCGUCUUCUUGGUUUACCCAGUCAGACACACAGAAUCCUGUGGACCAGGGUGGAUACCGAGCAGUUUUUGUGGAGUCUAACUUAACAAAUUCCGCUCAACCACAGCAGAGAGGCUUAUAUUUCACAACUGCGCAGCCACAAACAAACACUUCAGAGCAGCGACAGCCGUCACCAUUGGAGUCAUUUCUUCCCCCGCCACCGUUUCCACAGUUUCCUGCAUUUCCGCCGAAUCCCUGGGAGGGUGCCUUUUCUAGCAUCAACAGACCACCCCCUUUUCCACUAUAUUCCUAUGGUCCACCACCACCUCCAACGAGCGUCAGUCGAAUUAACGUGACAACCUUUCCUUUCCCUAUGACCCACCCGAUGCCCAAUCCACCGGCGAUGCCACCGUGGCCAAGGGAGUUUACCGGGAACACAACCACUCACUCACAUCCUCAUACUGGAACCCAACAUAUGAAUAAUGAACAAUUAUCCAGGACAGAACAUAACACCAAGAAGCCACCGGAUUACCACAAUCAAUCCAACAUACACUUUUACCCGAGGAUCACACCAUGUGCGUACUUGCAUCCUGAUUGUCUUUCUUGUUAUCAGGCUGUUAAAUUGGGACAGCAUGCGUUUUCUCCUGGAUUUCACUCCAAACAAUGUAGCUGUACGUCCUCAGUAGGUCUAUGCAGCGGUGACAGACAGACUGCUUGUGGUAACAAUACGGAUAAGAAUGCACAGAAUUCCAACCUUCCACCUCCACCACAUUUGCAAGACGAGCAGGAGGUUGAGAAAAUGACACAGUUGCCUAAAGUCCGAUACCGCUUUCGAAGAUGCGCCUCCGUCGAACCGGAUGUGUACCAGGGUCCACACCAUCCUCAACCAUACACCAGGGUUGACUCUUUCAAACAGGCGGCGCAUCAGUGUAUGACACCAGGUUCAAGUAAGACACCACGGGGAACCUACCGCUCUCUUUCUGCCGAUCCGGUUCGCUGUGGUGCUUCAAGUACCGACAACAUUAAACCGCCCAGCUCAAGAGAAGGGGCUAAUGGAGAGCUGCUGGUGCGAUCGCAUUCCGUGUGCUCACAGUUGAAAGAUAAAAAUGCUGGGAUGGAACAGAAUCGCCCGGUUACUUACUGGUCUUUCCGACGUAGAGUGCCUUGUUACAACCUCCCACCACCACCCUGUCAGUGUUGCCCCUGUUUGGAUCAGCAAGCUAGAUCGAUGUUUUGCAAUGAUCUUAGUCACUACGCAGUCUUCAUGGUCACUUCAGGUCACUUGAGCGCUCCUCCUCUAAAAUACUCUGCAUCGAACGAAAUGAUUUCAGACCAAGUUACUCGCUUUGGCUCGACCGAUUUGAACGCUACCCAUACGAUGGAAGCCAUUGACGAGUCGGGUUACCCACACAAAGAAAUCAUACCCACUAGCAAUGUUAUCCCAUCAGUUACUGCGGUAAUGUCUGGCAAGGACAGCUCGGAAACAGAUUCAAUUUUGACAGCAUUCACCAGAGCUGCCUGGAAAAAACUGGACAAAGAAAUGGAAAGAUUGGGUAAUCUGUAGGGUGGACAUUUGUCGAAGUGACUCCUAUUUUUACAUAUACGAUAUGAAUGAAUUUCACGUCAGCGGAGCCAACAUUGCUGUCCUCAGUGCAGUUCAUUUUUUUAAUCUUUAUUUUUUGUCCACUUCUUUAGUUUGCUGAGUUUCUUAUCCUCUAUCAGUUGUUUACUUGUAUUCCGCUUUUGUUUGCCUA